GGUACUGCAGUGCACAGAACAUCGUCAACUUUAACGCGACCUCCAACAGACUGCAAGUGCGCUUCAGGUCCGACUUCUCUGUGACGGCCAGAGGCUUCCGCGCUCGAUACUUCUCAAAUUGUCAUAACGAACUGACCGGUCCACACGGAGUAAUCGAAAGCCCCAACUUCCCCUUGCCCUACCCCCACGACCGCAACUGCUCCUGGACCAUUCGGGCGCCGCGAGGCAACAGCAUCAGGAUGGCCUUCAGUCACUUCGAUGUCGAGGAUCCAAUCCAUCCGGCCUCCAGUACCUGCCAUUGGGACUACGUCGAGCUGCGCGUUGGACGUCAAAUGGAAGCGGACCGGACGGUGCUGGGACAUUUCUGUGGGACUCGGACACCUCGUCCCCAGUUGUCAGGGGAGGGUAUGGACGUCAUGGAGGUUGUCUUCAUAAGCGAUGCUUCCGUUGCCAUGAACGGCUUCAGGGCUGAGUGGCAGAUUAUAGGUUGCGGCGGCACCUUCUGGAAGCCUGCAGGCAACUUCACCAGCCCCAACUACCCGAGCGCCUACCCCCCCAACCGAGACUGCGAGUGGCACAUUCGCACCGCCCCAGGCACGCGCGUCCAAAUCACCGUGCACGGCUAUGACAUCGAAGCGCCCACGCACACUGAUGAAUGUGUCUUCGACUCGCUCAAGAUAUUCGGUGGACCAGACGUCUCCUCGCCGCUACUGACGCAGCUGUGCCACAAGAGCUCCCAGGAGGUGAUCGUCACCAGCGACGGCAACUCUGCGCUCCUCGUCAUGAACAGCGAUGGCUCUGUCAGGGGCAGCGGCUUCGUCGUGUCUUACACGACGCUUGCUGGAGGCUGCGGUGGUUUGUUUACCGCUCCCCAGGGGUUAAUUCAGUCUCCCGAUUACCCAUCGACUUACGACAGCCAUGCCGACUGUACCUGGACCAUUACUGUCAACCAUAUGCACGUCGUCAAGCUCACAUUCCUCGAUUUUGACGUCGAACAUGACGCCAAUUGCUCCUACGACGCCCUAACAGUUUACGAUGGCGAGAACACAAGCAUGCCCCUGCUGCUGCAUCACUGUGGGUCGUCUGUGCCAACGCCUGCGGUGUGGCGGUCCUCUGGCCCAUCGCUGACGCUGCGCCUGAAGGCUGACGCUAACGUGCAGGGCCGCGGCUUCCAGGCCAACUACACCACAGCAUGUGGAGCACGGCUCAGCCUCAACCCCGGCACUGUGGGACAACUAACCUCUCCCAACUUCCCGAACGUCUUCCAGGCGGGGGUUAACUGCACCUGGCACCUAGAAGCUUCUCCAGGCGAACGCAUUCAGCUGGUGUUCAACCACCUGGACAUCAACAUCCCGUCGUUCGCUUGGAACAAUGGCAGCUGCAUCAGCGACUAUGUUGCGAUUCACGACGGCGCGACGCAGUCUUCGCCCGAGGUCGCUCGCUUCUGUGGCACCUCGUCGCCGCCGACGGUUUACUCGUCGUCGGCGCAGCUCACCGUGCGCAUGGUCGUCAGGAUGGCCACGGGUGUCGGCUUCAGGGCGACGUACAGCGAAGUGACGACGACUUGUGGCGGCGAGCUAUCGUCGGCAUCAGGACAGUUUGCCUCACCAUUUUACCCCGAUUCUUACCCCAACGGCUACGACUGUACCUGGACCAUCACUGCCGGGCCAGGUAACAAAGUGCAGCUGAGCUUCCCGCAAUUCGAGCUGGUCGAGAGCGACAACUGCAACCUGCACUACGUGGAGGUGCACGAGCGCGACUCGUCGGGGCCGCUACUACUGCACAACUGCACCGGCGCACCGCCCGCCCUCACGGUGCAGGAGGCCGCGUGGGUGCGCUUCAGGAGCGGCGACAGUGGCACUGCCGCUGGGUUCAUGGCUUCGUAUGCUUUAGUCUUCAACAACGUCUUGUACGGCGACUCGGGUCAGAUUGUGUCCCCCCUCUACCCCCACACCUACCAUGGACUCAACGAGUUCACCUGGCGUGUGCAAGUGACUGGUAACUACGCUUCUGUCACCAUUGACGAGAUGAACAUCGAACUCGAUCCUUCUUCGGACGACUGUCUCUCCUCAAUCACGAUCUACAGUGGCUGGAGCCGAGAUUACUCCAUAUUACUGGGCCAGUUCUGCGGCUACGUUGCCCCCACCCAGCCUGUGGUGUCGCUAGGUCCUCAGGUCCUGAUUGUGUUCACGUCGCGGUCGCGUUUCGAAGGCUCCAAGUUCAGCCUGCGCUACAACUCUCUUGACGCUUCCAACGGAACCACCGUGCAACACGCGGGGACAGACCAAGUGGACCCGAAUUGUCAGUUCACAAUCCGAGUGGAGACACAAGUGACGGUAAACAGUCCCAAUUACCCUGACGACUACAACAACAGUCUCAACUGCGAGUGGAUCUUGCAAGCGUCACCUCACAACCGCAUAAGGUUGUUCAUUUACUACGAUCUUGAAGAGCAUGAGGACUGCCAGUUCGACUGGAUUGCCAUUUACAAUGGAAUCGAUGGGUACGACAACUGGAACCAGACUCACCGCCUCUGCCGGCGGGACCAGAGACGCGGUUUGGGAACGAUAGUUUCUGACGGGAGUCUUAUGAAGCUACGAUUUGUGACUGACAGCUCUGUUACUAGGAGAGGAUUUUCCGCCUUUGCCAGGGCAGUGUGCGGAGGAGUGCUUCACGACCCCGACGGCUACAUCGCGACCCCAGGCUUCCCGACGAGCGACUACCGCAACCGUCUUGACUGCGCCUGGACCAUCAGGCUGCGUCCGGGCCGUACCAUCAAACUCGACUUCGACUUCAUGAGGAUAGCAAACACAACUGCCAACUGCAUGGACGACUACUUGCUGGUACGAAACGGAGGAUCUGUGUCGUCUCCAUACCUUGGUAACGGCCGCUACUGUGGCAACAUUCCUCCUGCUCCUCUCGUCAGCUCCUCCAACGUCGUCUCACUGCAGUUCAAAACUGACGGCAGCAACACCGACCGGGGCUUCCACAUCAGAUACAGUGAAGUUUCAGCAGCGUGUGGAGGCCUACAUCGUCUCAGCGAUGACGUCAAUCAAGUGAUGAUAACUACACCCGACUACCCUCAUCCCCCGCAUCCUCACACUGAAUGUUCCUGGGUCAUCACAGCCCCGCAUGAACGAAUUGUUAACCUCACAUUCGUUGAUCAGUUCGACAUAGCAUCCAAUGACGGGACGUGCGAGCAAGCGUACGUGGAGGUGCGGGACGGUGGCACGAUGCUGGCACCUUCGCUGGGCAAGUUUUGUGGCAGGUCGCCGCUCAACUCCCUGCAGUCUCUGGGGUCGGUGAUGUUCAUCCGGUACUACAGCAACGUCACAGACCCUCACAGCGGCUUCAAGGCUAACGUCUCCAUAGGUACAUGCGGCGGCUCCAUCAACUUCACGAGCAGCGGCGUGAUCUCGUCGCCGGGCUUCCCGUCUGCGUACGGCGCCUUCACUAAUUGCUCGUGGACGCUGGCCGCUCCUCAGGGACACUUCGUCUCCCUGCGCUUCCUGCGUCUGGAUGUGCACUCGUCCUCCCCCAACUGCUCCGACGACCGCGGCUUCCUCGAGAUCCGCGACCCCGAAUUGAACGGGACAGAGCAAGUCCUCGAUCGCGUGUGUGGUAACCGCCUGCCGUUGUCGCUAGAAACGAGCUCGAACAUCGCCGUACUGAAUUUCUUUGCGGGGACCAACCCUCUGGGCGCCAGCGGCUUCAGUAUCAUGUACAACGCCAGUGUGGAGGAAUGUGGCGGGGAGUUGAGUGGAAGGGCGGGGAACAUAUCAUCCCCAGGCUACCCUCACGGCUACUCCCACGGCCGAGUCUGUGAUUGGCGGAUCACGGCACCCGAGGGGAAGAGAGUUACCCUCACCGUACGUGACCUGGACCUGGACCCGCGAGGACGGUGGCUCUGCCAUGCCUACAUACAGUUCGUGUUCACGAACUUCGAGUUGGAGGACUCGAUCCACCACGACUACGUGAGGCUCCUGAACGGCGCCCUCCUAACGUCCCCGGAGAUCGGGCGGUACACCGGCACCGACAACCCCGGCAGCGUGGGCCCCUCCAUGAGCAACGCCCUCACCCUGCUCUUCUUAACCGACGCUACCACAUCCAGCCGCGGCUUCAGGGCCCUAGCCACGCAACAUGAUGCCGGAUGCGGUGGAGUUUUGCACGGCCAUGGGGGGAACAUCACGAGCCCCGGGUUCCCCAGCGAGGACUAUCCCGUGAACGUCGAGUGUGUUUGGACCAUCACUGCAGCCGCGGGCUACCACGUUAAACUUGAGUUCGUCGAUCAAUUCGACGUCGAAACGACCAGCGGCUGCACCAACGACUACGUCCAGGUUGUGCAUGGACAGUUGGUUACGUCAGACGGUGGCACAGGAUCAGAUGAUCUGCAGUGGCUGCCACAGCCUCGUCUCUGUGGCAAGCAGAUUCCUUCACCAGUUGCUUCACUCAGCGAAAAACUCAGACUCACCUUCUCGAGUAACCAAGCCGUGCAGGGCAAGGGCUUCAAGGCCAUGUGGAAGGCAGAGUGUGGAGGAGUAUUCAAUUCCUCGUCCGGGAUAAUCAGAUCGCCCAACCACCCGGGCAUGUACCCUGCUAGAGCCAAUUGUUCCUACGUCAUCAACGCGCACCCCAAUGCUUACGUCAGCAUCCAGUUCGAGUUCUUCGAAUUGGAAGGAAGUUAUGGUCCGCGCGAGUAUAACCGCUGCCCAUACGACUGGGUGCAGCUCACCUCCUCGGGGGGCGCCGCGUCUGACAAACACUGCGGCAAUCAGGCGCCCUCCAGCCUUGAGGCCCAGGGCCCCGCAGUCCUGCGCUUCGUCACCGACACUUCCAUUGUACGGCGGGGCUUCCUCGCUAACUUCACUGUACGCGAGUGUGGCGGAGAGAUCACAGCGCCGUCCGUCAUCACCUUGCCCUCGACAUCAGGCUACUUCCACGACAUGAACUGCCGAUGGAACAUCACGGCGCCCGCGGACAGGAAGAUUCGGUUCAAAUUCACAUCACUGCACCUGGAGAGCGCCGGUUGUCUCUAUGAUAAAGUUAACAUCUACGAUGGCAGUGAGGUCACUCAGGAACGCUUGAUAGGAACUUUCUGUGGCGACCUCAACUGGGACCUCCCCAUCCGCUCCUCGACCGCCAACACCGCGACCGUAACCUUCGAGAGCGACAGCUCCGUCGCCAGGGAGGGCUUCACACUUGACGUCUCCUUUACCCAUGUUUGCGGCGGGACCGUGAACAUCGCCAGCACCCAGGACUCCCAGAUCAUCCGCUCCCUCGACGCCAAUAACGAUGGCACAUAUGAGCCGAUGCUGCACUGUCCUUGGCUGCUCAUCGCGCCCACCGACCACGUCGUCCGCCUCCAGUUCUCACGCUUCGACCUUGAGCCCCAGCCCCUCAACGACACUAGGACGUGCCCCUAUGACUACCUCGAGAUCCGAGACGGCGGGAGCUACAAAAGCGAGCUGCUGUUCCGGUUGUGCGGGUCGCAGCUGCCGCGUGCGGUCACCAGCUCCAGCAACGAACUGCUCGUCAUCAUGCAUAGUGACAGCGCCAACCAAACUACGGGCUUUACCGCUACUGCCUCCGCACUGCCCCAUCCGUGCGGCGUGUCGACUCUGGAGGCGACGACGGAGCCGCAAUUGCUGCAGUCGCCCAACUACCCUCAGAACUACCCUCUCUCCCUGCGGUGCCGGUGGAUCAUCAACGCCCCCAGCGACUCUUUCUUCUUCUUCCAUUUCGAAGACCUCCGCCUCGAACAUAGCGAGGGCUGCACCAAAGACAGGCUCCUGGUCCGGGGAUACCAGCAGGACUACGCAGCGAACACCUUCACGGGGUCGCAGCCUGCCAGGCUCUCCUAUAUCUCCUACGUGCAAAUCAACGGCCUCAUCUACACUUACAUUGACGAGGAUCGUGGGUCUCCAUACUGCGGCACGUCUGCUCCCUUCGACCUGCGCUUCAGCGCCGCCCCCGUGGAGCUUUCCUUCGUCAGUGACGCCGACACCGCAGACCACGGCUUCCGCCUCCACUACUCGCUGCUAGGUUGCAACAGGACCUACACGCGGCAGUCGGGACGUGUCAUGGGACGCGGGCAAAGCAACGGGUCUCCGUGUACCGUCACGAUCAGGGCGCCUGAAGGCUCCUUCGUUUCCUUGUAUUUCUCGGACUUUGCGGUGCCUGGAGGGGGCGCCGCCCGCGACGACUGCACCACCGGAGAUCACCUACAGGUUUAUGACGGAGGUAGCGUGACAGGCAGCCCCAUGGACACGUACUGUAAUUACCUGGUGCCGACGCCCGUGUAUUCUUCUGGCAACGAGCUCACGCUGCGUCUCUCAGCUGCCACCAACACCUCAUACUACGAUGCUUACUACGUCGUCUCGAACCAGCGGUAUGGCUGUGGGGGCGUCCUGAGCGGCAUGAGCGUCCAUCUCUUCAGCCCUCACUAUCCUGCACCUGCAGCAGCACAGCUCACCUGCACCUACUCCUUCUCCGUGCCCCUUCCUUACCACGUAGUCCUGCACUUCUCAGUGAGGGGCGAGACCCCCGCCACCCACCUCUCCCCCAGCAACAGGGCGGUGGUGAGCUACGUUACGGGCGGCGGCGUCAGCGGCCGAGGCUGGCACGUCAGCGCCCUCGCCAGCGACCCUCAGCCGCCCCGCCCUGCGGCCCAGCCUGACGCGGCCACCGCCACUCCCAUGCCAACCACCAGCUCUCCUUGAGCCAAUACUGCAGCCAAUACUGAAGCCAAUUGCAGCCAAUACUCCAUCCAGUUGCAGCCAAUACUAGCUGCAGUCAGUUGCAGCCAAUACUGCAACUAGUUGUAGCCAAUACUCCAUCCAAGUGCAGCCAAUACUAACUGCAGUCAGUCGUAACCAAAUACUCGUGUCAGUUGCAGCCAAUACUCUUGUCAGUUGCAGCCAAUACUCGUAUCAGUUGCAGCCAAUACUCGUGUCAGUUGCAGCCAAUACUCGUGUCAGUUGCAGCCAAUACUCAUAUCAGUUGUAACCAAAUAUUCGUAUACAAUAUGACAAUAUACAUGUGUGUUGCAAUAUUUGUGUUGCUGACAACAUUUGUGUUACAGUAAGUACAGCUUUACAAGCAGCCAAGCAACUCAUGUUCUCCCUCUCGCUACGCCUUGUAUCAUAUAAAAUUAUUAUGUGCUAAUCAA